CACUUCCAUCACUCCAUUCUCUUCUUCUCAAACAAACAUCGACAUUUGUUCAAGGAUUAUACCACAUAGGCAUAUCAUAAACAUGGAGGGAAAGCUGGCCACAAAAUACUCGGCUUGGAAAAAGCUCGAGACCCUUUACGCUACCAAGAGACCCUCUCUCAUCUUAAAAGAUCUCUUCGCUGCAGAUCCAGAGAGGUUCUCCAAGCACUCGUUAACCUUCACCAGCUCGUCUCCUUCCGUCGAGAUCCUCCUUGACUACUCUAAGAACUUGAUUGAUGAAGAGGUCCUUUCGGCCUUAUUUGAUCUCGCACGAGAGGCUCAAGUCGAGGCUUUCCGAGAUGAUAUGUUUUCAGGGAAACACAUCAACACUUCAGAGGGAAGAGCCGUCCUACAUAUCGCACUUCGUAACCCUCCUGUUUCCGAUGGAGGUUGGGAUAUCCCAGAACCUGGUGCUGCAGAAGUCCAUGGGGUCCUUCAACACAUGAAAGAGUUUUCCGAUGCCGUUCGAUCUGGAUCUUGGAAAGGGUAUACCGGAAAGAAAAUUGAUACCGUGGUCAACAUCGGUAUCGGUGGUAGUGAUUUAGGACCAGUGAUGGCUUGUGAAGCUCUCAAGCAUUAUUCCAAAAGGGAUCUCAAGUCUUACUUUGUCUCUAACAUCGAUGGAACCGACAUGGCUGAAGUCCUUCGUGCGUGUGAUCCCGAGACUACCAUUUUCAUUGUUGCUAGCAAGACCUUCACCACUCAGGAGACUAUCACCAAUGCUGAAAGUGCCAAAGAAUGGUUCUUGGUGACCGCAAAAGACCAAGCACACGUAGCUAAACACUUCGUCGCUUUGUCCACCAACACCGCCGGCGUCACUGCGUUCGGUAUUGACAAAGAUAACAUGUUCCAAUUCUGGGAUUGGGUCGGUGGUCGAUAUUCCCUUUGGUCUGCUAUCGGUCUCUCCAUUUGUCUCUCUAUCGGCUUUGACAACUUCUCAGAAAUGCUCAAGGGAGCUCAUGAGAUGGACAAACAUUUCACCACUGCCAAAUUGGAAGAAAACUUGCCUGUUGUCAUGGCUCUGAUCGGUAUCUGGUAUAAUGACUUCUAUGGCGCACAGACACAAGCACUGCUGCCAUACGACCAGUAUCUUAAGAAAUUUGCAGACUACUUCCAACAAGGAGACAUGGAGUCUAAUGGGAAAUCCGUGACUAAAGACGGCUCCCGAGUGGACUACGAAACCGGACCUAUCAUCUGGGGUCAGAGCGGUACCAACGGUCAACACGCUUUCUAUCAGCUUAUUCACCAAGGUACAAAGCUCAUCCCUUGUGACUUCUUGGCACCUGUCGAAACUCUCAACCCCAUAUCUGGAGGGAUUCAUCACGAGAUCCUACUCUCGAAUUUCUUCGCUCAGCCAGAAGCCCUCGCAUUCGGUAAAACCGAAUCUCAAGUCAUUCAAGAAUUAGGCGCUCAAUCGUCCAACGCCGCUUUGGUCAAAUCGAAAAUAUUCGAAGGAAACAAACCUACCAAUAGCAUCUUUUUCCAGAAACUCACACCUGGCACACUGGGUUCUCUUAUCGCUUUAUACGAACACAAGAUACAUGUUCAAGGUGCUAUUUGGGGUAUCAACAGUUAUGAUCAGAUGGGUGUUGAAUUGGGUAAAGUUUUGGCCAAGGCGAUUCUUAAACAGCUCCCUGAUGAGAGUAAAGUCGUAGGACAUGAUUCUUCGACCACAGGUCUCAUCAAAUAUUAUCAGUCACACCGCCAGACUGCUUGAGAAUUGCUGAAGAGAAAUUGUAAAUACAGAAGAUAGUCUUGAAAUGUCAUUAAACGAUCUACUGUGCACAAUAUGAUACGACUAAAUGCUAAUUAUACGAAAUGAUAAACCUCGAAGCGACAAAUUCAUUAUUCCAACCCUUUCAUCCCUCAUGAAGACCCUGUAAUCGCCUCUUUCUCUUUACUGCUCUCACUAAACACAUUCCACACUGGUGUUCUCUCCCCAGCCAGUCGAGUAUUGCUAUUACCCACUGGCGCACUCCUUAAGCCUCCUUCUUCUAGACUUAAAUUAUCAUUCCCACCGUCCAUCCGUUCCCCAACGGGAGCAGUCUGAGGUAUUUGUCCUUCCGCUUGAUCGACAAACGUCCCUGCUCUUGACCUUCCGGUUCUUUUAGCCCUUCCACCUGUUCCCCCCAAAGCAUAAGAAUACGAUCCCUGACUGAUGGCGGAAGAUGUGGUCGCGCCCCUCGGUCUUCCCCCCGUCGCUCGAGACAUCGAACCGACUGAAGCAGAGGGUGGAGUGAUAAUCGACG